CCUGUCCUUUCAGUUCUCCAGCAGUGGUCCUUCCAAUAAUUUCCCAAUUUGUGAUUUGGGCACAAGAGGGCACCCAGGGGACUCAACCUUGGGCAGAUCCUCGUGCUUGCCUUCCUAACCCACCAUCCUGGCUGUCAGCCCAGCUGGGGGAGUGCAGCAGUCAGAUGGGUGAGGGGUCGGGGUUAGAAAAGGAACCAGGGAGUUUCUCAGCCAGGAUAGGAAUUUUGAGGAGGCAGCCCCUCAUUCCUGAACACAUCUGCAUGGCUGAGGGUGGUCCUGAGCCCCCUGGUCGCCAUCAGCACCGCCGACAGCAUCCCGUCCCCUGCUGCCAGGGAGGGGCCGCCUCCCUUCCCCCAAGUGGGAGGAGCCCAGGCCUCGGGAUUGGGAAAAGGCGCCAGGUGCAGAGGUGUUCUCCCUACCUCUGGCACCCUCAACCCGCAGGCCCAGUUGUGCUUACGGUCGCCGGCACACCAGCACCCGGCUGCUGAGCUCUUUCUGGACGGCGGCGUGUUUUCUCCUGGCCACACCAAGAGGUGGAGAUAACAGAUCCCCACUUUCCAGGAGAGCAAACUGAGGCUCGGGCCACAGCAUGGGGUCUGCUGGACGCCAGAGCCCUCAGGGCCUCCGGAGCUGCUGCGGAAGCGGAGUCCCAGCCUGAGCCAGGCAGGGCAAUGGGGGUGGGAUGCAGCUUCCUGGAGACCCACUGGUGAGGUGGUCCCCCAAAGAAGGGCAGGCCUGGAGCAGGGCUCCAUCUCAUCCCAGGUCUGCAGGAGAGCCCCAGUAAAAGCAAGGCUGUAGUUUUUGGGGGGGGGGUCCCAGAGGAGAGGAGAGGUGCCCUCCCAUGCCCUCCUUAAACCCGGCCCCACAAGUCAAGGGCACUGAGAUCCAAGGUGGUCUCCCCCUUGAACUUCCGUCCUUGCUGGUGGCCUUUGCAUGUCACUCCUGGUUCCCAUCCUCCAUUUCUUCAUCUUUAAGUGAGCAUAAUAGACCCCACCCCCCAGGAUUAAUUAGGGGGACCCGUGUAGAACGUUUAGCAGCCGUAAAUGCCAACGAUUGUUGCUGGCAUGCAGCUGCGGCCCUGGGGUCACAGCAUGUGCCUGGUGAGCUCGGAGCUCUCUCUUCCCUGUGCUGGCCCUGUCUGGGUGCUCCCCCCCCCCCAUAUGUCCUCUGCAGUGGCUGACCUGUGAGCCAACAGGACUUAGCCACGCCCCUAGCCCACCCCACUAAUAAAUAUACAGCUGCCUCGUCCUGCCGUCCUCCAGCACUUUCCAGUCCUCUGGAGUUGCAGCUGCUGCAGCAUGUUGUCUCGGGGCUCUGCACUCACCUUCCUUGCCCUCAAGCUCUCCUUCCUCGCAUUGCUGCUGGUUGUGGAUGCGGACUCCGAGGGAGCCUGGUGCUAUGACUCCCAGGACCCAAAGUGUGGCCCCACCCACUGGAAGGAGAUAGCCCCUGCCUGUGGGGGUCCAGCCCAGUCUCCCAUCAACAUUGACCUUCACCUGGUCCGGCGGGACCUCACCCUCAGACCUUUCAUCUUUCAUGGCUACGACUCAGCACCUCCGGGCCCAUGGACUCUGGAGAAUGAUGGCCAUACAGUGCUGCUCCACGUGGACACUGGCCCGCAGAGCCGCCUGGAGAUGCAGGGUGCUGGGCUGCCACUACCUGCCUACCGUGCACUGCAGCUACACUUCCACUGGGGGGGCCCUGGGCGAGCAGGCUCAGAGCACAGCCUGGACGGGCAGCGCCGCCCCAUGGAGAUGCACGUGGUCCACAUGAACACGCGGUACCAGAGCAUGGGGGAGGCUCGAGCUCACCCUGAUGGGCUGGCAGUGCUGGCCGUGUUCUUGGCGGAGCAGGACUCUGACAACGCCAACUUCUCGGCCCUUGUGUCGGGCCUGAAAAACGUGUCUGCGCGCGGGGUCUCCGUGGAUCUGGCGUCCACCUUCCCGCUGGCCUCGCUGCUGCCCGGCGCCUCCGGCCUCUCGCGCUACUAUCGCUACUGGGGGUCGCUGACCACGCCCGGCUGCGAGCCCGCCGUGCUCUGGACGGUCUUCGAGGACGCGGUGCCCAUCGGGCGCGCGCAGGUGGGGCCGCCGCGCCUUCCCUGGGCGGGGCUGCCCGCCACCCGGCCGCCGUUCUUGACCGGCUCUGCCCCGCACCCUCAGGUGGCCCAGUUCCAGUCGGUGCCCCAGGCCGGGCCCCCAGGCUCGCAGCCCGCGCCGCUCACGGAGAACUUCCGCCCGCAGCAGCCUCUCGGGGGGCGCAGGGUCUCGGCCUCUCCUGGCGCCUCCGUCCGCGGGGCAGCCCCGGCCCCCGCUCCCCGCCUGGCCCGCGUGCGCGGGGCUCUGCUGGGCCUGGCGCUCAGCCUGUGCCUCCAGCCGGGCCCCUAGGAUCCAGACGCGACCCUGCUCCUGCAAUAAACGGUACACGGAGUGA